AUGUAUUAUGACCAACCUAAUAAUCGAUUAAUCGUUGCCGAUCAAGGAAAUUAUCGUAUUCUGCAAUUUUCUCUCAAUAAUACACCUUCAGUUGCAACGGUAGUCGCUGGAAAUAAUGGCCAGGGUUGCAACAUGAAUCAGUUUAGUGCUCCCUAUGGAGUAGGUGUUGAUAGCACUGGUCAAUUAUAUGUAGCAGAUCACGGUUGCAAUCAGGUAGUUAGAUUUCCAUCAAAUUCAAAUUCAACGACAUCUGGAACACUUCUCAGUUCAGUAGCUUACACGGCACUACUAUCCAUAAAUCCAUUGACUAAUGAUAUCUAUGUAGCUAGUUCUUAUGAAAGUGCGGUAUACAAGUUUGUUGGAGGUAGUGAAUCUCCGGUGUAUGCAGCAGGUGCCCCUGCUGAUAGAAAUGCUGUUAAUCAGCUGGCAGACCCAAAUGGUGUUUACUAUGAUUAUUUAUAUACAAAUGCUUUGUACGUUACCGAUAAUUAUAAUAAUUGCGUAAAGAAAUUCCAACCAGAUUCAAUGAAUGCAAAUCUUAUAACAGUUGUUGCUGGAUGUAAUGGAGCUGGAAGUGGAGCGAAUCAGCUGAAUAAUCCUAGAACUGUACUGGUAGAUAGUAGUGGGACUCUCUAUAUCGCUGAUGGAAGUAACAAUCGUAUUCAACGUUGGCUGCAAAAUGCGACUAGUGGUACUACAAUCAUUGGUGGUACGUUAGGAACAGCAUCAAAUCAACUCAAUUUCCCUGAAACAAUCCUCUUUGAUAAAUAUAAUAACUUAUUGGUUUCUGACAGUCAUAAUAACCGAAUACAACUCUUUCAUCUAACAAAAUGCUAG